AUGGGAUUGUGCCAUAGUGACGAGGAAAAGACAGGAGUUGAGAAGAGUAAAGCUAUUGACAAGCAGAUCAAACAAGGUGCAGCCAGCGAUGAAAGAACUGUGAAACUACUACUGCUGGGAGCUGGAGAAUGCGGCAAGAGUACGGUACUGAAGCAGAUGCGCAUCCUGCACAACAACGGGUUCACGGAGGACGAAAUGAUGCAGCAGAAACGGGUUGUUUACAAUAAUACAGUGACAGCGAUUCAUCAACUCAUCAAAGCGAUGCAACAACAUCAAAUAAAGUACACGAGUCCUGAGAGGGAGGUUGAUGCAAUGGUCGUACAAGACGUUGUCAAGCAAGGUAAAGAAUCCGAACCGUUCACACCGGAGUUAGCUGUUGCUAUAAAGAAAUUAUGGGGGGACAAAGCAGUACAAGAUGUGUACGAGGAGAAACGAUUAGAGUGCCAUCUCCACGAAAGCACUCGAUUCUUUCUGGACAGCGUCGAUAGGAUAUCCAAUGUGAACUAUAAGCCUACAGAUCAAGACAUACUGUUGACUCGAAUAAAAACAACUGGAAUAGUGGAAGUGGCAUUUGUUAUUAAGAAAGUGCAUUUCAGAGUGUUCGACGUUGGAGGACAGCGAUCAGAGCGAAAAAAGUGGAUUCAUUGUUUUGAAGACGUCAACGCCAUCAUAUUUAUAGCCGCAGUGAGCGAAUAUGACGAAGUUCUGUUUGAGGAUGAGACGACGAAUCGAAUGCUGGAAUCGCAACGUUUAUUUGAAUCGAUUUGCAACAGCCGAUGGUUCAUUAACACGUCCAUAAUUUUAUUUAUGAACAAAAAGGAUUUGUUCAUGGAGAAAAUAAAACGUGUUUCGAUCAAGACUGCUUUUCCCGAAUACACAGGUCCGCAAACGUAUGAGGACUCGAUGAAAUACAUCAAGCAGCGCUUCGAAAUGUUGAACCAGAAUCCAAAGAAAACUAUUUUCGUCCACGAAACAUGUGCCACGGACACCGACCAAGUGCAAAAGAUUCUCGAUUCAGUGAUAUCGAUGAUCAUACAGCAGAACCUUCACAAAAGUGGUCUCUACUAA